AUGGCCAUGGGCUUAGCCAUUUGUUUUAUGAUGCUUAUUAAGCUUGUAAUUGCGUUGGCAAAGACACCAACCACCUUGAACACAACAUGUGUGGGUGAUAUUGGUGUCUUAUUGCAGUUUGAUGUUUACCAAGAAUCCUGCCCAGAGGCGGAACCUAUUAUACUAUCUUGGGUUCAAAGUGCAAUCUCCGAGGAACCACGAAUGGCAGCUUCCCUGCUUCGUCUUCACUUCCAUGAUUGCUUUGUUAAUGGAUGUGAUGCUUCAGUGCUGCUAGAUGAUGCUGAGAACUUUGUGGGUGAAAAAACUGCACCACCCAACUUGAAUUCACUAAGAGGGUUUGAAGUGAUUGAUGCCAUUAAAUCUGAUCUGGAAUCUGUUUGUCCUGAAACAGUUUCUUGUGCUGAUAUUCUCGCAAUCGUUGCCAGAGAUUCUGUUCUUCUAUCUGGUGGACCAGGCUGGGAAGUCCAAAUGGGGAGGAGGGACAGCUUGACUGCUAGCAAGGCAGCAGCGACUAACAACAUCCCUGCUCCAAAUUCUAGUGUAGCAACUCUAGUGGCUAAUUUUCAGAAUGUCGGACUCACACAAAAUGAUAUGGUCGCCCUCUCAGGUGCGCACACAAUGGGAAAAGCGAGGUGCUCAACUUUUAGCUCUCGGUUCCAGAGCCCUAGUAACUCCGGUGGCCCUGAUGUUAAUAUGGACUUCGUUCAGUCGCUGCAGCAACUAUGCUCAGAAACUGCUGACAGCACCACGACAGUAGCACAUCUUGACCUGGUGACCCCAGCUACAUUUGACAACCAAUACUACGUUAAUCUUCUUUCAGGAGAGGGAUUGCUUCCAUCAGACCAGGUUCUUGUGGUUCAAGAUGAUCGCACACGUGAGAUUGUAGAAUCUUAUGCGGAGGACCCGUUAUUGUUCUUUGAGGACUUCAAGAAUUCCAUGAUCAAAAUGGGAGCCUUAGGGCCACUUACUGGUGACAGUGGCGAAAUACGUGUGAAUUGUAGGGCUGUCAAUUAA